GAUGGCUGACAGCUCUAUCUAUUCAACACUAGAGCUGCCAGAAGCACCUCAAGUCCAAGAUGAGUCCAGAUGGAAGCUCAAAGCUGUCUUACACCGGCCCCGUCUUUCCUGCUUUGCAAUGGUGGCUUUGGGGCUUUUGACUGUGAUUCUCAUGAGUCUACUGAUGUAUCAACGGAUCCUGUGCUGCGGCUCCAAGGACUCUACGUGUUCCCACUGCCCCAGCUGCCCCAUCCUCUGGACGAGGAAUGGUAGCCACUGUUACUAUUUUUCAAUGGAAAAAAAGGACUGGAAUUCUAGUCUGAAAUUCUGUGCAGACAAAGGCUCACAUCUCCUUACAUUUCCGGACAACCAGGGAGUGAGUCCCUUUCAGCUCUACAGAGGGUUCUUCUUCUACCCUGCAGGUUACCAAAAGCGACCGAUGAUGCCUCUGGUUUCUUACAGGAUUCUUACCAACAGCUUGAUACAGAGGUGCGGUGCCAUCCACAGAAAUGGCCUCCAAGCCUCCAGUUGUGAAGUUGCUUUGCAGUGGAUCUGUAAGAAGGUCCUACACUGAUGGAUGCCACUGAGCCUCGGAUCUGCCACAUGUCUUUAAAAAGAGGGAAUGGGCCUGGGGAAUCUUUGUCUACAAAUGUGUGUUUAACAAAUGCCAAACCUGUUGUGAUAUGCCAUUAGACAGAGGAUUAGCAUACAUUUCUGGGGGUUGGCCUUUUUCUGUUGGGCUUUCUCCGAGACGGUUUAAGUAUUAGGUUAGCCAUUUAAAGCCUAAAUCUUGGCAAAUGAAAUGGAUAAAGUUUAUUUUAAUGGAUACCCA